AUGUCGGAGGGUAUUAAGCAAAAAUUUGCGCGCUGCAAAGCUGAAAGCCGUCCUGCCUUUGUGACUUUUGUCACAGCUGGAUAUCCCACAGUGGAAGAGUCUGUAGAUAUUAUACUGGGAUUGGAAGCUAGGGGGUGCAACCCACUCCUGAGCUAUGGCGAGGAGCGAUUGUUGGAUGAUUGUCGUGAGGCUGGUGUGAAUGGCCUCAUUGUGGUGGACCUUCCCCCGCAUGAGGCUGUCAAAUUCAGGAAUUCAUGUGCGAAGGGCGGGCUGUCAUACGUUCCUCUCCUCGCUCCUUCCACUACCGAGAGCCGACUCAAAUUACUCUGCAAGCUCGCGGACUCCUUCGUCUACGUGGUGUCACGUAUGGGCGUCACGGGUGCAACAGGUGCUCUCAGUUCCGGUCUACCAGAGCUAUUGGCACGCAUCAAGCAAUACUCUGGCAAUGUCCCCGCAACAGUUGGUUUCGGUGUCAGCCCAAAAGAGCACUUCUUGAGUGUAGCCAGUAUCGCAGAUGAUGUCGUCAUCGGCAGUCAAAUUAUCACAACCUUGACCCAGGCCGCUCCUGGAGAGCGGGCCACCGCUGCUGAGGAAUACUGCGCUGCGAUAUGUGGAAGGAGAAACUUGCCAUUGAAUGGAGUCCAAGAGCCAAACGGUACCGUGCAGGUGAAUGGUACCAAUCAUACCAAUGGCGAAAAGGCAGAAGUGCUUGAUAAAAUGGAAGCAAUCGUGAGUUCUGAGGGAGGAGAUCCAGAACUCUUUUCUGCUCGCUUUGGUGAAUUUGGAGGCUCGCCUGGGCAUCUUCAUCUCGCAGACCGCCUUACUGAACAUGCUGGCGGAGCCAAUAUUUGGUUAAAGCGUGAGGAUUUGAACCAUACUGGAAGUCAUAAGAACAACAGCGCUCUGGGGCAGAUUCUGCUGGCCCGCCGCUUGGGUAAGACUGAGAUCAUUGCUCAAACCGGGGCUGGCAUGCACGGCGUAGCAACUGCCACAGUCUGUGCCAAAUUCAACAUGAAGUGCACAAUCUUCAUGGGAGCAGAGGAUGUCAGGAGACAGGCACUAGACGUAUUCCGGAUCAAGCUACUUGGUGCCGAGGUCAUCCCUGUUGAGCAAGGCUCACGAACUCUUCGAGACGCUGUAAACGAAAAUUUCCGAUUUUGGAUUACGAGGGUGGACACCGCUUAUCACAUUAUCGAUGGGGUUGUUGCCUGCAUCGGCGGGGACAGUAAUGCUAUAGGAAUGUUUUAUCCGUUUAUUAAUGAUCCAAGCGUGAGGCUUCUGGGAAUCGAAGCCGGGGGCGACGGCCUUGAUACGAAGAAGCAUGCCGCUAGUUUAACUGGCGGCAGUAAGGGGGUAUUGCAUGGGAGUAGGACAUAUGUGCUGCAGGAUAAGCACGGACAGAUCCAAGAUACCCAUUCCAUCUCAGCUGGUCUGUACUAUGCUGGCGUUGGGCCGGAGCUGAGCUCUUGGAAAGACUCGGGACGCGCAAAAUUCAUUGCCGUUACCGAUGCUCAAGCCCUCCUGGGUUUCAAUCUGCUCAGUGAGUUGGAGGGGAUCAUUCCCGCUCUCGAAUCUGCUCAUACUAUCUAUGGCGGUGUUAAGAUGGCCAGGACAAUGAAGAAAGACCAAGAUGUUGUGAUCUAUAUUAGUGGAAGAGGUGACAAGGAUGUGGAAAGCGUGGCGGAUGAACUGCCCAGACUUAGACCACAAAUUGGAUGGGACUUAAGGUUCUAA